AUGGCGAGCGAGAACGACUACUAUUCGGACGAUCUGGAGGGCGACGAAGGCUUUCUCACGGACGUCAGCGAGGACGAGUACGGCAAUGAUCGUGGCGAGACGGGGCACGACGAAGAGGAUGCUCCGGACAAAGAGGAGAUCCGAGAUGCCGCGAGGGAUCUCUGCAUGCAAAUCGGCCAGUACGACUAUGGAGAUGACGCCGACGAGCAGGACGACGGAGACAAAGUAUACACACGGUGGAGGCAUGGUCCACGCGCACUUGGCGCUCUGCGAUCGCUUCGCAAGCUCUGGAAAUUGGACGACGACGAUCCGACCAGGAAGGUGGCGCGUGCCUUUGCCGACAACGAGGUGCUUGAGAACUUCAUCGUACCUGCUCUGCUCGAGAGCGCCGGUCAGGGAAAGGAGGGCGAUGCCAUCGCAUUGGCGUGCACCGAUCUGCUGACCGCGAUGACAUGGCCUUUCGACGGCGUCGCUGAGCUGCGCGAGCAGGAGAAGCAAGGCUACGACUCGGACGAGCUGCGCGAAAUAACCCACCUGGACAAGCACCUGAUCAACUACAAAUCCGUCAUUCUGCGCAGUCAAUCGCUCGACAAGCAGCACGAUGUGCUCGGAGUGGUCAUGCGCUAUCUCUUGCUUCCCAAUCUCGCAACAAAGCAACACCAGAGAUCGAGUCUGGUCACUGGCAUCAUCGGCAUGUGUCUGCAUUUGUUCCGCAACCUGCUUGCCAUCCGCGACCCAGUCACGACAAGUCUCAGCAGCGUUGCCCAAUUGUCGAACGCACACCUGCAGAGCAAGCUCGUAUUGUCCAUGCAGAAACAUCACAUCCUCGACACGCUGCUUAUGCUGGCCAGCAGCGCAGAGACUCCCACUUUCAACGCGUGGAACGCAAUCGCGUCCGAAUGCAUCUUUCACAUUUUCGUCGGAACAAAGGUCAAGGAGAUCGCCGAGCUCGCGCCUUCCAGCCUCCCUUCAAGAUCUGCAGCACCUGCGUCGGCGAGCGGCAGAGGUGCUGAUGCCGAACCUUCCACAUCAAGAACAGCGGCAAGGUCAGCCUCUGCGCUAGCUGAGAGCCUGGCGACCGAGGCCAAGAUGAAGCGGGCAUCCGCCUCCGGCAAGAUCCCGACCCGACACUCUCGCUUCGGCACAACGAUCAACUUUGUCGGGCCUGAUGGCGAGCGUCGCGUGGCACGAAACCAGUCUGCGCUGGUCAAGUCGACGGCGCAGCUUGCAGAGGAGGCGAUGAGCAAAGGGAGACGAAGAGCUCAGAGGCGCAAGGAUGCACAGGAGAGGGGCGCACCGAAGCUCAAGUCAAACUGGACGGCAGACGCGGCCAUCGUUCUGCAGGAGUGGGCCGACACAUUUGUACAGUCUGGGUUUGAGCCUUUGGCCAAGUCGAUCCUAAAGGACAUUCGGUCGGAACGGGACAAGCUGGGAGACUUGGACGUGGCCCGCAUUCGCAUCAUGCAACUUGGUGCAUUCUUCCUCGAAUACUUCCUCUCGCGUCGCGCAACUGCUGCGAAUCGUCGUCAGCCUGCGAAGACCGCGUCACUCGUCCAAUCAGCGCCGACGCAAGGGACGCUCGACCUGCUCGAGCCCGAGCAGCAGCCAGAAUCGGCUGACGCGAGCGAAAAGCAGCCCGAGGAGGCAGAGGAGGAGUGGCCAUUCGAGUUGGUCAGCCAGUGGCUCGAGCCUUGGGCGUUCCGCAUGGUGCUCGUACGUACGAUCCAGGCGCAAGAGUCGAAAGCGUGGCUCGAAUUCGUCGCCUCAGUUCAGCUGUGGAUCGUUCUGCUUCGACUCGUCGACGAGCUCGCCGUCAGCAAGAAGGAAAGCGAGAGGGACGUCGCCGAGGGUCUUCAAGCCGAAUUUUACUAUAUGGGCGAGACCUUGGACGCAUGCCACGCCAUCGUGCGUUCGUACACCACGCAGAGUUUCGCCUUCCUCGACACGAUCAUCACGUUUGCCCACGUCAUGCCCAAGAUGCUCGAGCGCUACGCAUCGAACCGCGACCACAUGUACGUCCAAGCGAAGAAGCAGGUGCGUCGAUCACGACAAGACGGCAAUCUCGACGCCGACGAAGACGAAGCGAGGCAGAUCAAGGAGCAUCUUCAGGAGACCCGGUCCGAACGGGAGUUCCGCUUCGCGGACUUCCAGCGCAAGCUCGCCACCAAGCAGCUCGCCAAAGCCUGCAUCGACUACCUCGCACGCUGGCAGGACUUCGGCGAUAUGGAAGAGCAGCUCACCAAGCUGGUCACGGUCAUGCAUCGGAUCACGAUCAAGGCCAACGACUACCGACAGUUCUUCCUCGCCGGUCACCGCGCAGCGCUUCGCAAGGUGAUCAGCGGCGACGCCAUCAGGAUCCUCGAAGCGCGUGCACCUGCUUCCGCACCCAACCUCAAGAAGCUGAUGGACUACAUCCUGCGCAAGUUCAGCAAAUUGAGUCCCGAUGAGCAGUCGAUCUACGACACGGGUAAGAGGCCACCUCGACAACCUAAGCCUCCUAAGGUGCCUGCUGAGAUCGCCGUUCGACCGGGUAUGACGCCAGAAGAGGAGAUCGGAGUGGCUGUAGGUCUGCUGUUGAAGAAGGAGAAGAUGCAGGCGGUGCUGUGGGUCAAGUCGGCGUUGGAGAUGGCGAGCGCGAUGCGCGCCGAGCUCGUGUUGCAUCAUGAGGAGGAAGAGGCGCAGCGGUCGGUGGAAGGAGGGGGCGACAAGGCGAUGCUGCUGGGCGAACUGGAGAGGCAGAACGAGUCACCGGUGGAACGGUUCCAACCUUACGAAUUAGCGUACCGAGGCAACGACGACCUUCGCACUGAUGCAUCGCUGCUUCCCGAACUCAAGCUGCUCUGCCGUCUCGCAGGUCUUGAAGCGAACGAUGACGAGCUGGUCAAUUGGAGGUGGUCGGUACCCAAAGAGAUCCUUCCCCAUCACCUGGAUGAGAAGAUCGAGGCGAUCGAACGUUUCAUCCGCGAGCCACUGGAUACGCACGGUCGAGAACUCAAUGCGCUCGUCAUGCGUAUUCGCAAGCCACGAGUUGCCGGAGAGGGCGGGACAGACCGUGAUGUGCUGAAUCCGGCCGAUCUCCCGGCUGGCUGGAACGGCGGGCAAAGCGAUUCGGACGAAGAUGGAGACUACUUUGACCGUGUACGUGCCAAUCGAGGUCUGGUCGGCGGCGACGAAGCUGCCGCGGACGGUGGACUGCUUCGAAGCAGUGCGGGGAAGAAAAAGUCGAAGUCGACCUCCAAACGGUCCGGAUCAAAGAAGCAAAAGAGACGCACCGAGCAAGACUUUAUCAACGACAGUGACGACGAAUUCGCCUUCGCCAUGGGUGACAUCGAGAACACGCAAGCACAGUCGCGGGCCGAUGCUGAAGACAACUCCAGCGACGACGAUAACGACCGGAGCGACGAGGACGAGAUGGACGAUAGAGACACUCCUGCGACGAGCUCGGUUGCUGACAUGCAAGAGCAGCAGGACGGGAAAGUGUCGGCGCUCGAAGCGUUGCGAGCUGCAAAACGGAAGCACAGCAAGGUCAAGUCGACGAAAGAACCUCUUCAGGAUGCGAGCCAGCGUACGAAUCGGCAGGUGGACAGGAAUCGACUGUUUUUGGCCGACAGCGAUGAGGAUGAAAUGGACGAGCUGGAGUCGCCAACCAAGCAGACGGGUGAUGCGGAGGCAGCUUCUCCGGGAGCCCGUGUCGGCACCUGGGAUCUCAUGCCGAGCAAGCGCAGUGCCACUUCGCUCUUUGUCGAGGAUGAAGAAGACGAUGACGACUUGCUGGGAUCAGGAUCGCCAGAUGAGUCCGUAAGGGCGUCAGCGGUCAUGGACAAGGUGUUAGCAAGCGGGGUGGCAAAGAGGCGCAGGAUGGCAAUCCUGGAUGACGACGACGAAAACGAUGAUUGA